AUGUCCACCGCUCAUACCAACGGCGUCGAGGAUGUUCCUCAGCAGGACCACAAGUUCCAGGAGAACAGCCUCGAGAAGAAGCACGGGUUGGAGGACGAACAUUACGAGGUCCGUAAUGUAGACGUCUUCCCUGCUGCCGAGGACCGCGAUCCGGCCCUCAUCCCCACCGAGGAGGACCUGAACACGCUCCGUCGUGUCCCCGCCGCCAUGCCCUUUGUCGGUUUCGCCAUGUGCCUCAUCGAGCUCGUCGAGCGCGCAUCGUACUACGGAACUUCCGGGCCAUUCAACAACUUUAUCAACAACCCUAUUCCACCUGGAGGUACCCCUGCCGGUGCUGUUGGCAAGGGUGUUGAGCACGAGAACGACUCGCCGGGUGCACUUGGUCUCGGCUCAGUUUCGGCCUCGGCCAUCAUCAUGAUGUUCAAGUUCCUCGCCUACGUUAUCCCCAUCUACGGUGGUAUCGUUGCCGACUCGCAGUGGGGUCGCUUCAAGACCAUUUGCUGGGGCACUGCCAUCGGGGGCAUCGCUCACAUCAUCCUCGUCAUCCCCGCCAUCCCACAGGUCCUGGCCGUCCCCAAGGCUGCCCUCGGCAUCUUUAUUUUCUCUAUCAUCGUCCUGGCUUUUGCUGCCGGCUUUAUCAAACCGUCUCUUGGCCCACUCCUCUGUGACCAGUCGCCCGUCAAGGCGCAGACGAUCCGUUACAACAAGAAUGGCGAAAAAGUCAUCGUCGACCCCCAGGCCACUGUCACUCGCUACCUCAACAUCUUUUACCUCUGCAUCAACGUCGGCGCUCUUUUCCAGCUCGCCACGACUUAUGCUGCUCGUAACAUUGGUUUCUGGCUGGCCUUCUUGAUUCCUGGCAUUCUUUACUUCUUGAUGCCCCCCGUCCUCUGGUGGGCUAGCCCUCGCCUCGUCAAGCUCCCUCCCCAGGGCUCGGUCCUCCCUGACAUGAUGGCCGUUUUCAAGGUGUGCAUGAAGGACGGUGGCUGGAAGAAGUUUGGCCACGGCGGUGAUGCCUGGUGGGCCAAGGCCAAGCCGUCGUACAUCAUCGAGCGCGAUGGCCAACUCGACCCUUCAAAGGUUCACUGGGACGACAAGUUUGUGGAGGAGAUUCGCCAGACUUUUACCGCUUGCUGCGUGUUCCUCCUUAUCCCCAUCUUCUCGCUCGCCGACGCUGGCGCAGUCGGCCUUGGUAACAUUGUCAACGACAUGUCAGUCUCGAUGACUCUCAACGGUGUUCCCAACGACCUUAUCACAAACUUCAACUCGAUCUCCAUCAUCGUCUUCUCGCCCAUCAUCACUUUCUUCGUCUACCCCUUCUUUGAGAGGAUUGGUUGGCCCCUCAAACCCAUGACUCGCAUGUCGAUUGGUUUCUUCUGCGGCACUCUUGGUGCCGUUUUCGCCGCCAUCAUCCAGCACCGUAUCUACAAGACCUCUCCAUGCGGCAACUAUGCGACCCACUGCAUGAUCGAUGGCAAGACUGCCGUCUCGCCCGUCUCGCUCUGGUGGCAGAUCCCCAUGAUCGUCUUCCCUGCCAUCGGUGAGAUCUUUGUCAACGUCACCUCGUAUGAGCUCGCGUACACCCGUUCUCCUCCUCGCAUGAAGGGCCUCGUUUACUCUCUCGCCCUCUUCAACACUGCCAUUGCGUCGGCCAUCUCGCUCGCUUGCUCCAAGGCGCUCACCGACCCUAACCUCGUCAUUGCUUGGAUCGUUCUCGCUUGCGUCUGCUUCAUCCCCUGCUUCAUCUUCCCGACCUAUUACCGCUCGCUCAACGAGUACGUGUUUGAGUGGUCCGAGACCGAGCAGGACGCAAAGGUUGGCGGCGGCUUCAACCACUCACACCCUCACGGUCGCGCCAGCUUCAGCGACAUUGAGGCUUACUCAGUCAAGGACACGGACAAGUACUAG